AUGUCUGCUGGCCUCUACACCGAGGCCUACAACGGCACUGAGGGGGCGGCCGACGAUGGCACCUCAGCUGGCGUUGCCAACAUGAACGUCUGGUACGAGUCUGGUGACAUUGCUUGGAUGUGCACCUCCUCCGCCCUCGUUCUGCUCAUGAUCCCCGGUGUCGGCUUUUUCUAUGCCGGUCUCGCUCGGCGAAAGUCGGCUCUCUCACUCAUGCUCAUGAUCAUGCUCGCGCAUAGCGUCGCGACAGUACAAUGGUUCUUUUGGGGCUAUUCCUUGACCUUCUCGCAAACGGGCAACGCUUUCCUAGGCAACAUGGACUAUAUCGGUUUCCGUAAUGUUGUCGCCCAGCCAGUUGGCGCCAUCCCAGAGAUCAUGUUUGCCAUCUACCAAGGUCUCUUUGCUGCCAUUACUCCCGCCAUUGCCAUCGGUGCCAUCGCCGACCGCGGUCGCAUCCUUCCCGCCAUGGUAUUCGUCUUCAUCUGGGCCACUGUUGUGUACGACCCCAUCGCCUACUGGACAUGGAACGCCAACGGCUGGCUCCUCGAGCUCGGCUCUCUCGACUUCGCCGGUGGCACUCCUGUCCACAUCAACUCUGGUGUCGCAGCCGUGGCCUACUCCCUCAUGCUCGGAAAGCGAUCUGGCUACGACCGCCUCCACGGCCUCCCCUACAGGCCCCACAACGUCACGAAUGUCCUGCUCGGCACCGUCUUCCUCUGGGUGGGCUGGUUUGGCUUCAACGGUGGCUCGACCCUCGCCUCGAACAUUCGCACGCCUGUCGUCCUCUUCGUCACCAACCUGGCCGCCUGCAUCUCCGGCCUGACCUGGGUCCUACUCGACUACCGCCUGGAGAAGAAGUGGUCCACCAUUGGCUUCUGCUCUGGUGCCAUCUCUGGCCUCGUCGUCAUCACCCCUGCCGCAGGCUACGUUCCCAUCUGGUCCGUCCCCGUCUUUGGCAUUGUGGGUGGUGCUGCGUGCAACUUUGCCACCAAGCUCAAGUUCCUCGUUGGCAUCGACGAGGCCCUCGACGUUUUCGCCGUCCACGGUGCCGGUGGUAUUGUCGGCAACCUGCUGACCGGCAUCUUCGCUGCUGACUACAUGGCCGCUCUCGACGGCGCGACCGAGAUUGACGGCGGCUGGAUCCAGCAGAACUACGUCCAGUUUGGCUACCAGCUCGCUGGCACCGUCGCCGGCAUUGCCUGGUGUUUCGUCAUGACCUGCCUCAUCUGCUUCGUCUUGAACCUCAUCCCCGGCCUCAGCCUUCGCGUGAACAUUGAUGAGGAGGAGCUUGGUCUUGAUGAUGUGCAGUGCGGCGAGUUCGCCUACGACUACGUCGAGGUCACGCGCCACGUGUCCGACAUCCUGACGGGCCAGGACCCUCAUGCUGGUCUCGCGGGUACCUCGGCCCACAGCUCCGAGCCUGAGAAGGCUGCGCCUGCUGCUGCUGCUUGA